ACUGGUUCUGGACAGUUGUCACCAGGCUUACCUGUAAAAUUAGCUGGCAUUUGGGUAACACCUGUAACCCUGUUAUACGGCUUUAAAAAAUACAACCUCGAAAGAUGGCCUCAACUCGUCCGUGUGUCUUGAUGAACAAUCUGUGUGACGAAAAUCCCGAGUGGGGGAUCCGUCCGGAAUAUGCCGAACAGUUCAGAGAAUACUUUGACAUCAUCUGGUCACGUGACGUGGAAAAGAACCCGGAACUUGGCAAAAAAGUUGUGGCCGCCAUCUUUAACAGAGGAAAUGAUUUUGGUCUGUUGGACAAGCUGGAUUCAGUGUUUCCGAACAUAAAGAUCAUCACUAGCAUCAGUGUGGGAGUUGAGAGGGUGGACGUCAUAGCGUAUAACAAGCGAGGUAUCAAGUUUUGUAACUCGCCUGGAAUCCUCGACCCGGUCGUGGCAGAGUUCGCCAUUGGCUUGAUGCUAGCUUCUGCAAGGAACAUCAUCAAAGGAUACAAAUACGCCCACAGCCAGGAAGUGAGUGACAACUACUGCUAUGAACAGAACUGGGUGGGUGGGGUGCCCGUCAGUGAGGCCACGGUUGGUAUAAUCGGGUUAGGUCGAAUUGGGUAUUCCAUCGCCCAGAAAGCUUACAGAGGAUUCAACAUGAAGAUCUUGUACUACGAUAAAUUCAGGAGGUCUGAAGACGACGAGAAAGCCGUAUCAGCAACGUACUACACCGAUUUACAUCAAAUGCUCAAAGAGUCGGACUUUGUCGUUACAAUCUGCCCCGUAACACCGGAAACCACAGGAAUUCUGGGAGCGGCUGAGUUCAAGGUCAUGAAGAAGUCCGCCAUUGUUAUCAAUGUAGGACGAGGCAAACUCAUAAAGACAGACGACUUAGCGAAGGCUCUUCAGUCUGGAGAGAUCCUUGGUGCCGCCCUUGACGUCACCGAUCCCGAGCCGUUGCCACGCGAUCACACGCUGCUGACUCUGCCGCAAGUGAUUGUCACGCCUCACAUUGCCGGCGCUCUUCUGGCCAGGCGUUCCCAGAUGGCUCGGCUCUGUGCCGAAAACAUCAAGGCGUGCCUCGAAGGCAAACCAUUACUUUCAGAAUUUAAACCGAUAUGAUUGCUCUCAGAAUUCAAACGGAUACAAGUGCUCUUUGAAUUCAGACCGACACCCGUCAAUAUAACAUCAUUUCCAUAUGCACCCCCACUCAUUCGUUCGGCACUUUGUUGUUGUUGUUUCUUUGCUGUUUUGUUUUGUUUUUUUCCCCUUUUUUCACAAAAGAGUAUGUAACGAUUGAAAAAUAUA